AUUUGUGGUUAUGGAUUAACCUGACUCUCAGACUGACAUGGCGGAACCAGGACGAAAUUGCAGUUUCUCCUUGGCCCAUCCCUGUGUCAGCGGCUUCAGGAUGCGGCAGUUCACAGUCUUCCUGCUGUUCAUGUCCACCUGGGGCGUUUCUAGCACACUGGUCCGUCCUGACCCAGUGUUCUCCAGCAGCGAGCACGCAAACCAGCUGCUCCGGGUCAAACGUGCUAACAGUUUCCUGGAGGAGAUGUGGCCAGGCAACCUGGAACGCGAGUGCGUGGAGGAGCUCUGUGACUUUGAGGAGGCCCAGGAGAUUUUCCAGAAUGUGGAUGACACACUGGCCUUCUGGAUCAAGUACUUCGAUGGUGACCAGUGCACGGCUCCGCCCUUGGACCACGAGUGCGACAGCCCAUGCUGUGGGCAUGGCACAUGCAUCGAUGGCCUGAGCAGCUUCAGCUGCAGCUGCGAUAAGGGCUGGGAGGGCAGGUUCUGCCAAAAGGAGCUGCGCUUCCACGACUGCCAGGUGAAAAACGGCGGCUGCUGGCACUACUGCUUGGAGGAGGGAGGCGGAAGGCGCUGUACCUGCGCCCCUGGCUACGAGCUGGCAGACGACCAUGUGCAGUGCAAGUCCACAGUGAAUUUUCCAUGUGGGAAGCUGGGGAAGUGGAUGGAAAAGAAACGCAAGAACUUCAAACGGGACACAAACCCAGAAAAAGAACUAGAACCAGAUCCAAGGAUCGUCAAUGGAACACUGACAAAGCAGGGUGACAGUCCUUGGCAGGCUAUCCUUCUGGACUCCAAGAGGAAGCUGGCCUGUGGAGGAGUGCUCAUUCACCCCUCCUGGGUGCUGACGGCGGCCCACUGCAUGGAGAACACCAAGAAGCUUACCGUGAGGCUUGGUGAGUAUGAUCUGCGACGCAAGGACCACUGGGAAUUGGACCUGGAAAUCAAGGAGGUUUUCAUCCACCCUAACUACAGCCGGAGCACCAGUGACAAUGACAUUGCACUGCUUCGCCUGGCCAAGGCAGCCACUCUCUCUAAAACCAUAGUGCCCAUCUGCCUGCCCAACAACGGCCUAGCAGAGCGGGAGCUCACUCAGGCUGGCCGGGAGACAGUGGUGACAGGUUGGGGCUAUCAAAGUGACAGAGACAAAGAUGGCAGAAGAAACCGCACCUCCAUUCUCACCUUCAUCCGCAUCCCCGUGGCCCCACGAAACGAGUGCAUGCAGGUCAUGAACAAUGUGGUCUCAGAGAACAUGCUCUGUGCAGGCAUCCUUGGUGAUAGGAGAGAUGCCUGUGAUGGAGACAGCGGGGGACCUAUGGUGGUCUUCUUUCGGGGUACCUGGUUCCUAGUGGGCCUGGUGAGCUGGGGUGAGGGCUGUGGGCAACUCAACAACUACGGCGUCUACACCAAAGUGAGCCGCUACCUUGAAUGGAUCCACAGCUACAUCGGGGACAAGGAUGCCUCCCUGAAGAGCCAGAGCUUGUAGCAUCCCUCCCUGAUAAUCUCUGUACCCCAGAGGCCAAUCUUAGAAGUGAGCAUCCAAGACAGAGGACAUUAAAGGGGCAUGCAACAAACAUU